ACACUAUAUCCUCUUACACUGAGAAAGAGCUACAGGUUGAAAAGAGCCCUUGAUUCAAGAGAAAGGUACUCAAGCCCCAAACCAAAACAAGCCUGUUCACUUUGCGCCAGGAAAACUGAGAGCACAAUGCCUGUCAAAUGGAGUGUGACAUUCCAGGGUUUUCUGAGGGAGAGCGGUAAUUGCUUUUUUCAGUGUUUGGCUGACGGUUGCAUGGGCUGUGAAUCCUGCCCACCCACUAAUGAGUGAACGAGGUUCUGCUGUGCUCACUGCUUCCUGACCGAGCUGUGCUGGAGAACCAGGGCUCGGCUUUCUUCACCGAAUCUGUCCGCUCUUUCAUUUUUGCAGAAUGAGGUUUUCAGCAUCAUUUUUAUGCUUCCUGAUUGGUCUUCUAGGACUAGGAGGGACUCGCGGUUUGCUGUUAGUGGAAGAUCACGGGGAGGAACUGGAGGAUAGAGACCUGAGCAAAGCUAUUUUGGAGAUGUUGCAUAUAAACAAACUGUCAGCACCUCAGCAGCAGGCGAAGCCACACCCCUACAUGAAGCACGUUUACCAGUCACUGGACGCACAGGCGAGAGACCUGAGGGGUGCUGAUGGGACUCUGGUGCAGAGCUUCCGGAGCAUCGAAGAUUCUAAGUAUGGCACGCCGGGUUGGAUCUGGUUCAACACGUCCCAGCUGAGUCCCUUCAUGAGGGUUGCAGAGCUGGUCCUGCUGAGGAAGACUCUUCAUCACAAGCCUCUUAGUGUGACGGUCACAGUACACAGUCUUUCACCGGGACCGGAGAACCUGAGCAUCAGCGGCCCUCUAGCAGAGCACAUAUUGAGUCUGGACCGACUGCCUCCAUCAGGUUAUGAUGUCUUCGAUGUGACAGCUGCAAUAACCCAGCCACCGCACAACUCAGACAUCCUGGGCUUCCAGCUGCGCUUUGGGGAUGAGAGCGGCAGCUUGGUUCUCCAUGAAGCCCUGACGCAGAGCCUCUACUGCUUGAACAGCAGCUCUCCCAGCCAGCCGCUCUUAGUGGUCUACAGGAGCACAUCGAUGGAGCACCAGCAGAGGGCAUCAGAGCACAGACACAGACCCAGCUGUGAAGAUGACAGACAGAGAAUACAGCUGAGGCACGGGAGACAUGUAGCUGCAUGCAAACUGUACGUACAUCAUGUCAACCUUCAUACCAGCAAGCUGAGUCAAUGGAUACUGCAGCCGUCCAGUUUCAACAUAAGUAUUUGUAGAGGUAUCUGUUUGAAAGAAAUAUCUGCGUCAUCCAUGAUUGUUCAGAGACAUCGAAAACACCAUGGAGAAAAUAAUUUACAAAGAUCAAACUGCACUCCACAAGGCCUGUCCUCUCUCAUCGUGAUGUACAGCAGCGACACAGCGGACAUUAUUAUAAAAGAGCUGAAGGAUAUCAGAGCAGAGAGAUGUGUGUGCCAGCCGACUGCUCGAUGAAAAGGACUGCAAAAAUCAAACAAUCAAAAAGUUUGUGAAGGAUUUGAGGAAAUGACAGAUGCAGGGAAAUGUAUGUGAACCCUGAGUUUCUGCAUUGCUUAGAAUAUUAUUGAUCGCUGACAGUUUGCUCACGUUGAGCUCAUAAAGACGAUGAGUUUGUUUCUUCAUCAGAUUUGGAGAAAUGUAUCAUUACAUCACUCACUCGCCAAAGGUGAAAGGAUGUGAAUGGGUGCCGUCAGAAUGAGAGUCCAAACAGCUAAUGAAAACAUCACAGUAAUCCACACCACUUCAGUCCAUUAAUGCAUUGUGAAGCACAAAGCUGUGUGUUUGUAAUAAACAAAUAAAUCAAGACGUUUUCAAUUUCAAAAGUCCUAUAUUCAUAAUAUUGCUUUCUUCUGUGUAAAUAGAUUGUUGGAUUUUGAUGUGAGGACAACAGAGAUUGACUUGUUAUACUUUUGGAUUAUUGUGAUGUUUUUAUAAACUGUUAGGACUGACAUUCUGAUGGCACCCAUUCACUGCAGAGGAUCCACUGGUGAAGAAGUUAUGCUAAAUUUCUCCCAUUCUGAUGAGGCAAAAUUAACUCUUUCUUUAAACAAAUAGCAUACAAACUAUUCAUAGCUUCCAUUUUCAUAAUUUUAUUUUUUAUUUUAAUGCUAAAAACAUUUAGAAUGCGACUGCAGCUGUCAUGUGUAGUCAGGAGGUAAAUGCACAACAAUCAGAAAGUAUUCUGCAACAUUUCGUCACACAAAAUGUUCAGUUCACCAAUAUUAAAACUGACGGGUUCACAUUCUUUGUCCUGGUAUUUAUUUAUUUUUUUGGACAACUACUUGGAUAACCCAACUACUUAAAACACCCACCCUCAACCCAUCUCUUUUAGAGAACUACAGGCCAGUUUCCCUUCUUCCUUUCAAUGCAAAAACAAUUGAACGAGCUGUGUUCAACCAAGUCUCUACAUUUCUCACACAGAACAACCUCCUUGACAGCAACCAAUCUGGCUUCAGAAGUGGACAUUCAAUUGAGACGGCCUUGCUCUCAGUUGUUGAAGCCCUAAGACUGGCAAGAGCAGAAUCCAAAUCUUCAGUAUUUAUCCUGCUUGAUCUGUCCUCUGCUUUUGGCAUGAUUAACCAGAUCCUCCUAUCAACCCUACUGGCAAAGGGCAUCUCAGGAACCGCACCUCAGUGGUUUGAGUAUUACCUGACAGAUAGGUCCUUUAAAGUAUCUUGGAGAGGUGAGUCCAAGUCGCAACAUUUAACUACUGGGGUGCCUCAGGGCUCAGUUCUUGGACCACUUCUCUUCUCUAUCUACAUGGCAUUAUUAGGUUCUGUCAUUCAGAAACAUGGCUUUUCAUACCACUGCUAUGCUUAUGACACUCAACACUACCUCUCAUUCCAUCCUGAUGAUUAGAUUAGAUUAGAUUAACCUUUAUUGUCAUUAUGCAGAGUACAAGUACAGAGCUAAUGAAAUGUAGUUAGCAUAUAACCAGAGGUGCAAGAAUAUAUUGUAUUAUAUACAUAUAAGUGCAGAGUAAGUGGAGCUAUGAUUUACAGAAUGUACAGAGGAGUUGCUAUAUGCAGUUUUGAGCAGAGUAUAUUCAGAAUAUAAAUAUAAAUGCAAUGUAGAGAUUGUACAGAGCAAUGUAGGAUUAUAUAUACAUAAUGAACAGCAGCAACAUAAGAACAGUGGUAAUAAAUACAGUUGGAUGAGUGUGCAAAAGUAUUGUUAAAUAGUGCAUUUUAUGCAAAAUAACAGAGUGCAAUGAUAUUUUUGAAUAUAUUUGAAAUAGUUUAAUGUGCUUUGUACAGUAACUACUUUAGACAGUUUAUAGUGUAAAUAGAUUGAACAAUGUGCAGUCUGUGCAAAAUAUGAGUAGUGCAAUACCUGUAUGUAAAAGAUUGUGACCAGUGCAGUUUAAGAGUGCAGGUGCAGGUCACACUAGACUUUGAACGUGCAAACAUUUUUCGGUUGCCGCUGCGAAUAUGGGCGGGAUUAGGAUAAAGGCUUCUCCUCAGUUAUGACUGAUUAAUAUGGAUUAAUAAGUGUUUGUACUGUUUCUUUUGCGACAGUGUCGAAAGCGUCUUAUUAUAUUGUACUCUCUGUCUCUCUCUAUAUAUAAAUAUAUACACACUAAGCAAUAAAAAAUUAUAAAAGGUGUCCUCAUUCAAA